CCCCAAAUGACUUCCCCCCUGCCCUACCGCGAUGCCUCCCGCCCCAUCCCCGACCGCGUGGAGGACCUGCUGGCCCGCAUGACGGUGGCCGAAAAGGCCGGCCAGAUGUGCCACAACAUGCUGCUGAUGGGCCCCGGGGGCACCCUGGCCGGUGCCUUCCCCCGGUUCAGCCUGGAGAGCACCGAGGACCUGGUGUGCCGCCGCCAGAUGACGCAUUUCAACCUGCUGGGCCCCAUCGCCAGCGCCCGCGACGUCGCCACCUGGCACAACCGGCUGCAGCAGCUGGCGCAGACCACCCGGCUGGGGAUCCCCAUCACCGUGGCCACCGACCCGCGCAACCACGUCACCCAGCACGUCGGGGUGGGCGUCGGGGCCGCCACCCCCACGGAGGGGGGGCUGUCGCAGUGGCCGCAGACCCUGGGGCUGGCGGCGCUGCGGUCGCCCGAGCUGGUGGGACGCUUCGCGGACGUGGCGCGGCAGGAAUACCUGGCGCUGGGGCUGCGCAGUGCGCUGCAUCCCCAGAUCGACCUGGCCACGGAGCCGCGGUGGGCGCGCAUCCACGCGACGUUUGGGGAGGACGCCGGCCUGACGGCGGCCCUGGCGGCGGCCUACAUCCGCGGCUUCCAGGGCGGCGACGGACCGCUCGGGCCGCAGUCGGUGGCCACGAUGACCAAACACUUCCCCGGGGGCGGCCCCCAGCAGCACGGCGAGGAUCCGCACUUCGCCUACGGCCGCGAGCAGGUCUAUCCGGGCGCCCACCAGGACUAUCAUCUCCGCCCCUUCCGCGCCGCCAUCGCCGCCGGCACCGCCCAGAUGAUGCCCUACUACGGCAUGCCCGUCGGCACCGACUGGGAGCCCGUGGGCUUCGCCUUUGAUCGUGGGGUCAUCACCGACCUGCUGCGCGAGCAGCUCGGGUUCCAGGGGGUCGUCUGCACCGACUGGGGCCUGGUGACCGACGCGCAGAUCCUGGGCCAGCCCAUGCCCGCGCGCGCCUGGGGCUGUGAGGGCCUCAGCGAGCUGGAGCGCGUCCAGAAGCUGCUGGACGCCGGAUGCGACCAGCUCGGGGGUGAGUCCUGCACCCACCACCUGAUCCGCCUGGUGGAUGAGGGCCGCAUCCCCGAGACCCGCCUCGACGCCUCGGUGCGACGCAUCCUGACCCAGAAGUUCGCGCUGGGGCUCUUCGACCGGCCCUUCGUGGACGUGGACGCCGCGGUGGCCCUGGUCGGCCACCCGGACUUCCAACGCGAGGCCGAUGCGGCCCAGCGCGCCGCCUACACGCUGCUCACCAACCGCGACGCCCUCCUCCCCCUGUCGGCGACCCCCCGGAUGGUGUAUCUCGAAGGCCUCGACCCGGGCGCGGUGGCCGCGCGCGGGCUGCAGGUCGUCGCGACCCCCGAGGAGGCCGAUCUGGCGCUGCUGCGGCUGCAGGCCCCCUACGAGCCCCGUCCCGGGGCCUUCGAGGCCCUCUUCCACGCGGGCUCGCUGGCGUUUUCCGAGGCGGAGCAGGCCCGGCAGGCCCGCAUCUACCGGACGGUCCCGACCGUCGUGGACCUGUUCCUCGAUCGCCCGGCCGUGGUGCCGGAGAUCGCGGAGGCCGCGGCCGCCCUGCUCGUCAGCUAUGGCAGCAGCGACGAGGCCUUCCUGGACGUCGUCUUCGGCCGUGCCGCGCCCCGGGGCCAGCUCCCCUUCGAUCUGCCCUCGUCGAUGCAGGCCGUGCGCGAGUCCCGCGAGGAUGUGCCCUACGAUACGAAAGACCCGACGUUCCGCUUUGGCCAUGGUUUGACGUACGCCACCGCGUGACCGUGAUGAUGCCCGGCAUGAGAGCACAUCGCCAGUAUAGAAUGUGAGGUCCGUCCAUGCUGAGCGUUUUGAUAGCAUGCAAAAAUGCGUCCGUUGGUGUCAGGUGGCGCUGAUCCUCCUGAGCAUCAUGAUGACAGAGCAUGGGGUAUGCUCACUGUCAUCGCGCGUAUGAUCUGGAUCGAAUUCAGAAGUGUUUCUCAGAGAGGAAAUGAGCAUUGUGUGGCCACAUCUUUAUCUUGAGAAACAGGAAGAUAUAUCAUGCAAUGUCAAG